AUGUCUAAAUUUUUGCAAAAUGUGUUUAUUUAUGACUUUUAUGUGUUUAAUCGGCGUUCGGUUUCAUGCCGUGCUGACAUUAAGCAGCAGAUAAAGAGUGAGAUAACUGAACUUCAGUCAAAGUUCCCAGAUUUUUUACCUGGACUUGCAAUUGUUCAGGUUGGCAACAGAGAGGAUUCUAAUGUGUACAUUGGUCAGAAACUGAAAUCGGCAGAGGAAGUAGGUGUUCGUGCAGAGCAUAUUAAACUUCCUCGUUCUUCAACUCAGUAUGAGGUGUUGGCUUGUAUUGAUAGACUUAAUAAUGACACCUCCGUUCAUGGUAUUAUUGUUCAGCUGCCCCUGGACAGUGAAAAUCCAAUUGAUGCACAUUGUGUCACUAAUGCCAUACUGCAAAGCAAGGAUGUUGAUGGUUUACACCAGGACAAUGCUGGCCGUCUUUCUCGAGGUGACCUUGACUCUUGCAUCCUUCCUUGCACUCCCAGGGGAUGCAUGGAACUCAUCAAGAGAACAGGGGUAGAUGUCAAGGGCAAGCAAGCUGUUGUUCUUGGCCGCAGUAAGAUUGUUGGAGCUCCAAUGUCAGAUCUGCUUCUCUGGAACCAUGCCACUGUCACUGUCUGCCAUUCUCGAACAGCAGACCUGAAGGCUGAGGUCUCUAGGGCAGAUAUUCUCGUUGUUGGCAUUGGACAAGCAGAACUUGUCAAAGGUGACUGGAUCAAACCAGGAGCAAUUGUAAUAGACUGUGGAAUUAACUCCUUACCAGAUGCCACCAAGAAAAGUGGAUAUCGGCUUGUGGGAGACGUUCAUUAUCCUUCAGCCAAAGAGGUGGCCUCUUGGAUAACACCGGUGCCUGGUGGUGUUGGACCGAUGACCGUGGCCAUGUUGCUGAGAAACACUUUGGACCAAGCAAAAAAGAUCCAUGAGAAAAUUGCGGUGGUUAGACCUUGGGACAUUCAGUAUUUGUCUCUGGAUUUGAAAGAUCUUGUGCCAAGCGAUAUUGAAAUUGCCAAAUCUCAAGUUCCAAAGGACAUUUCUGUGCUAGCCAGUGAAAUCAGUCUGUUGACAGAUGAGGUUGAUCUGUAUGGCAAGAAAAAGGCCAAGAUCUCACUGAAAGUUCUGCAGAGAUUACAGUCUCAAAAGGAUGGAAAGUACAUUGUUGUCACAGGCAUUACCCCAACACCUUUGGGUGAAGGUAAAAGCACAACAGUAGUCGGACUUACCCAGGCUCUUGGUGCACAACUGAAAAAGAAUGUGUUUGCCUGUGUUAGGCAACCCUCGCAAGGACCUACAUUUGGCAUCAAAGGUGGAGCAGCAGGGGGAGGCUACUCUCAAGUCAUCCCCAUGGAAGAAUUCAAUCUUCAUCUGACUGGAGAUUUACAUGCUAUCACCGCUGCCAACAAUCUCCUCGCUGCUGCUUUGGAGGCUCGGAUGUUUCAUGAGGCAACCCAGAGUGACAAGGCCCUUUUUAAGAGAUUGGUUGCUACUAACAAAGGCGUUCAAGAAUUCUGUCCUAUUCAGAUAAGACGACUAAAUAAACUGGGGAUCACAAAGACCAAUCCAGCAGACUUUACUGAUGAUGAGAUCAGGCAGUUUGCCCGCUUGGACAUUGACAAAAGCACAAUCACCUGGAACAGAGUUUUAGACACAAAUGAUCGAUUCCUGCGAAAGAUCACCGUUGGAGAAGGACCUCAAGAAAAAGGGCACGAGAGACAGACACAGUUUGACAUAACUGUAGCCAGUGAGAUCAUGGCUGUGCUGGCUCUGACAACGAGUCUUCAUGACAUGCGAGAGAGGCUUGGUAGAAUGGUUGUGGCAAGUAGCAAGAGUGGAGACCCUAUCACUGCAGAUGACUUGGGUGUUGGAGGAGCAUUGACAGUCCUUAUGAAAGAUGCAAUUAUGCCAAGUCUAAUGCAGACUCUUGAGGGCACGCCAGUUUUUGUCCAUGCAGGACCAUUUGCAAAUAUUGCCCAUGGCAACUCUUCCAUCCUGGCAGAUAAAAUAGCCCUGAAAUUGGUGGGAGAGGAUGGUUAUGUAGUCACAGAAGCGGGCUUUGGUGCUGACAUCGGCAUGGAGAAAUUCUUCGACAUCAAAUGCCGUUAUUCUGGACUUAUUCCAAAUGCUGCAGUUUUGGUAGCAACUAUCCGGGCUCUCAAGAUGCACGGAGGAGGCCCGGCAGUCGUUGCUGGAGUACCUUUGCCGAAGGAAUACUCAGAAGAGAAUUUGACCUUGGUGGAGCAGGGCUGCAGCAAUCUAAUCAAGCAAAUUCAAAAUGCCAACAUAUUCGGGGUGCCAGUGGUUGUAGUGAUCAAUGCUUUUUCGAAGGAUACUAAUGCUGAAAUAGAGCUUGUGCAGCAAAUUUCUCGGGAGAAUGGUGCAUUUGAUGCUGUUGUUAGCAACCACUGGGCACAAGGAGGACAGGGUGCUGUUGCUUUGGCAGAAGCGGUUGUGCGUGCUACUCAGCAGCCCAGCAAUUUCAGAUUCUUGUAUGAUGUGAAGGAAAGCAUUGAAGCCAAGAUUGAAAAAAUUGCUACAGAAAUCUAUGGAGCUGAUGGAAUUGAAUUAGAGCCACUAGCAAGAGAACAGAUUGAGCGUUACAAGAGACAGGGCUUCAACGACUUGCCCAUCUGCAUGGCCAAGACACACCUGUCCUUGUCCCAUAAGCCUGAACUGAAGGGUGCCCCUAAAGGUUUCACUCUCCCUAUCAGGGAAGCCAGAGCAAGUAUUGGAGCUGGAUUCAUUUAUCCUCUGAUUGGAAGUAUGAGUACAAUGCCAGGCCUUCCCACCCGCCCCUGUUUCUAUGACAUUGACAUCAACCCAGACACAGAAGAAAUCCUAGGAUUAUCAUAA